AUGCUGUUCUUCGUUGUGUGGAAGCGUCGUUGUGUGACAGCUCGAGAGAGCGUACCAAUAGCGUGCAGCAACGUCUUGCGUAUAGAAGUGUGCUAGGAAAAUAUAUAUAAUAUAGCCGAUAAAAGGUAAUAAGAGUUGGAUAAUUGAUAUAUAUUUCAGCAUGAAGCCAACACUCGUAGCUGAUGAAAUGUUUCCCGAAGGAGCUGGGCCUUACGUUGAAUUGGAAGAGGUUGGCGGCAGUAGAUUAUUAGUGGAUCUCACAGCAAGUGAAAAAGCUGUUCACUCAGAAUUUUUCAACGCAAAACAAGAAGAACGUUCUUUUUCUAUUAACAACAACAAAUCUUGUUCAGACUCUUUACAAAGAACCAAUUUACAAAAAACCAAUUUACAAAAAACCAAUUUACGUAAAGACAUGUCUAGCAUUGUCGUAUCAAAACAAGGAGCAAUUUUUUUUUCUGACCUUAGCGAGGAUCGAGUCCAUUCAGAUUUUUUAAACGAGUUUGAUGAUCUUUAUGAUGAUGAUGACUUGGAGUGAAGCAUUCCUAGGGAGUUAAACUACGCAGUGCUUUUGUAUAGACUGCAUUUAACUUAGUAUUAAAGCAAAAAACUUCUUGUUUUCUGCUCUUAAGUCCAUGCAAAAUGUGAUUGUAAUGUAUAAAGAAUCAAAUGGACAUCUUGGUGUCAGUUGCGUUCAGCAGAAGACAGUAAGUGCUAAGUUAAUACUUGGUGCUGUAUUAUCAACUUGAAAACUACACUAAACAUCAUUUUCUUGAUAGGUUACUUGAAAAUAGUGCCUACUCAUGCUUUACAGCACACAUUUUUUGUUCAGCACAAUAUUGUCAAUACAAUUACAUCAAUUUUCACAUAUUACUAAUACAUAUACAUAAUACUAUUGGAAUAUUAGUUGUAAAAGAAACAAAAGGUGAUCAAAAUAAAAAGUUACACCAAAUUGCAAAAUUGUUCUUUCUGCUGCUGAACGCAGCCAUUAUGUAUUAUAUGUUUAUAUAUAUAUAUAUAAUAGAUAUGAAAAAACAUUUCAUUUUUUAAGUUUGCUGUAUAAAACUACUGCAAACCCUUA